AUGAGCUCUGAUGAAGACGUGGCAGCUGCAUCCAGACAUACUCAUUUCAUAGGGAAGAAAGAGAACAUCAUUCAAGCCAGACGAGUGAAGUCAGUUGGUGAAAGAGACGUUCUCGUUAUUUACCACCAGGGGGACUUCUAUGCUAUUGAAGUGCGCUGCUACCACUCUGGAGGUCCACUUCAGGAAGGAGAUAUUGAGGACUUUGAUGGGCGACCAUCCAUAGUGUGCCCAUGGCAUAAGUAUAAAAUUACAUUAGCUGAGGGUGAGGGUCUCUAUCAGGCAGUGGACCCUUCUGUGAAACCCCUGAAACCAACCUGGUGCUCCAGAGGUGUUAAGCAAAGAGUCCACACAGUGACGCUGUCUAAUGAAGACGUGUUCCUCACCUUAAAUGACUCACCAGGACCCACUGACUCUGAUUACUAUCAAACUGAGAAAUAUAAGGGUGACAUGGAAAAAUUAAAGGCCAAGGAUGGAAGUGAAAGGAGGUGUUUAAAUGAGAGAAAUGGGUUUGUAAUCUGUUUGUAA